AACCAAUUCGCUCUCGGCUCAGUCCUACGUAGGAGCCGAAACAGUUCGCACAGUUUAAAACGAGUUGUCGUGGCGAUUGUGCGAGUGACCGUUUGCGAUUAGCGUUUUACAUAAAUACCACUUCUACGGGAAACCCCGCCCUGGUGAUUCGUAAUGGAAAGAUCUUCGCUUCGUUUGUGCCUAGCGGUGGCUGUAUUGCUUCUGAUAUGUUCAGUUGCCGUCAACGGUUCUAAUGGUUGUCCAAACGGGAAAGGCGUUUGCGUUAAGAAGGCACAUUGCCUGGACAAGUUUGGGGACUACAAAAAGCUCAUGAACCACAAGUGUUUUAUGGAUGGCAACAAGCCGGGCGUUUGCUGCAAUAAGGUGAACUCGAAACUCAACAAGAAAUGCACCACAUCCAAAGGGGUAGCCGGUCAGUGCGUUCCGAAGGACCAGUGUGGAGGCUAUACGAGAGAUUUUCUGCUAGGAAAUGAAAAAGAAGAUCGGUGGAAGUCCGACAUUUGCCACCAGGACAAUCGAGAGCUACACUAUUGCUGUCCACCGGAGCUGCAGAAACACACUCCAGUUGUACUUCCGAGAAAACCGGUUCAACCUUGGAAUGAUAACGCUUUUCCAACUUGCUUAAGAUUGGAUAAAACGACGGGUCGAUGCGUUCCAAUGAUUCUCUGCGAAAAUUUUCGCGCCAAAAUUUUGGACAAAAGGAAAGGAUUCACAUAUGGUGACCUGACGCCGCAUUACAAAUGCUAUUCGAAUGUCGUCGACAGUACUUCGAUGUGCUGCGCCCAACCUGAAUCGCCAAACGACUUGAUUAGACACAGAAAAGCCAAUAAGCUACACCCGAACAGUUGUGGAGCAGUGGGGUUGCAAGAUCGAGUCUUGGCAGGAAACGAAGCUAACCUUGGAGAGUUCCCUUGGAUGGCCAAUUUGAUGUAUUACGUGGGAUUCAACAAAACCACAAUGUGCAGUGGCACGUUGAUCCAUGCACAGUAUGUUCUGACGGCAGCUCAUUGCUUGAAGCGGUACAAACCGAUAUCCGUUCGACUGGGAGAACACGACCUGAGUACGAAAAAAGACUGCAUGGAGAAUGUCUGCGCUAAGCAGUUCAGAGAGUACGCUGUCGCGGAGUUGAUCCUCCACCAAAAGUAUCGAAACAAGGCUGGAAUGUACGAUAUCGGUUUGGUGAAGUUGGCCAAUCCAGCAACGAUCAUCCCGGGACAAAUCUUCCCCAUUUGCCUGCCCAUAACGGAGCAGUGGCUGAUGACGAAACCCUCGGAACUGAUUGCCUCCGGGUGGGGACUUAUGGAGAGCGGAAGGUACCCAGAUGUUCUACGGUAUGCAACGCUGCAGUCUUUGAAGAAAAGACCGGACUAUUGUGGGCACGAGCAAAUGAUUUGCGCCCGGGGAGCCAACAAAGAAGGACAUUGCCGCGGCGAUUCGGGAGGACCUAUGCAACAAAUCAUGCGCUACGGGGACCGGUUUCGAAUUGUGCUGUUCGGAGUGAUUUCCGGUGGAGCGAAAAAAUGCACUAAGGAGGAUUCAACGGCGGGCGUGUCCGUUUUGGUGGGCUAUCACAUGAAGUGGAUACUGGAUAAUAUGGAAAUAUAGAUUUGCUGUGCAAAGGCAAAGAAGAGUCUAUAUUCGGAUUGAAUAUGAUUCAACUGCCAAUGGAUUACAUCAUUCGUUUGGAAAAGAUCAAGUGACAUGGUUGUUCUAAGACAAUUAUUUGUUUAUAUUUUCUUAAACAUAAAUGAAGGGUACCUUCGAUAUCUAAAAAGCAUUUCCAACUGUAUAUCUAUGGUUCUAUAAAUUGAAAAACAUUGCCAUAUGACGUAGAAAAAAGUAUAUUG